AUGGGAUUCAAGCGCUCACGCAGCGAUUCGUUGUCAUCCUCAGACGACACUAGCACACCGUAUUCUCGCGAGCAAUCCGUCGACAUAAAAAUUGCCCACCUAGAUGCCCACUCUGCUCUCUCUCACCAGCCCGCCGUCAUGAAGUGCUCGUUGCCUCCUCAUGAGCCCCUUGAUUUCUCCACCUUUGAAGACUAUGACGUUCACUACCGCAAGGCCCACUUGAACAGGUGCUCUGAAUGCCAGAGGAAUUUUCCAGAUGAGCAUUUCCUGCACUUGCACAUUGCCGAGUAUCAUGACCCCAUCAACGCAACCAAGCGAGAAAGGGGCGAGCAGACGUAUGCCUGCCUCGUCCCAGACUGCGACCGCCUCUGUAGCACCCCGCAAAAGCGGCGUCUGCAUUGCAUAGACAAACAUCAGUUCCCCAAGAACUACAACUUCAUCAUCAUCAAAGAUGGGAUUGAUCGCAGAACGAGUAUGCUUGUGUCUCCCCAUAGGCGGCGCAGCAGUACCAUGUCAUCAGUCCACGGUGCUACCACCGAAGCGGGACGACCAAGAGGCGAGUCCAACGCAAGUGUAACGGCUGACAGCAUGGAUGUCACAAAAGAGGAUGAGCAAGGGCAACCGAUCCAGGAGAACAUGGAAGAAGUGGAAAUGCAAGAUGCCGAAUCAAGACGGUAUCCUACGAAGCUUCGUGGUCGAGGAGGCUUCAGUCAUGGUUUUGGCGCAGGUCGUGGGCGUGGGCGUGGGCGUGGGCGUGGGCGUGGGCGUGGAGGCGUUACUCCCACCACCACCCAACCACUGCAACCAGUCCCUGUCACUGCGUCCACUCCCAAAGACCCAAUGGAUACCCUCACAUCAGGCAUGUCUGCACUCCAGUUUGUUCCGCAUAGCGUCCAAGUAGCAAGGGGCCGAGGUAAGGCAAGAGGUGGAUGA